AUGAGGCGUCCUCUGUCCUCAGUCUUCUGUCCUCAGUCUUCUGUCCUCAGUCUUCUGUCCUCUGUCCUCUGUCCUCAGUCCUCUGUCCUCUGUCCUCAGUCCUCUGUCCUCUGUCUUCUGUCCUCAGUCCUCAGUCCUCUGUCCUCUGUCCUCUGUCUUCUGUCCUCAGUCCUCUGUCCUCAGUCCUCUGUCCUCAGUCUUCUGUCCUCAGUCUUCUGUCCUCAGUCUUCUGUCCUCUGUCCUCAGUCCUCUGUCCUCAGUCCUCAGUCCUCUGUCCUCUGUCCUCUGUCCUCUGUCCUCUGUCCUCAGUCUUCUGUCCUCAGUCUUCUGUCCUCAGUCUUCUGUCCUCUGUCCUCAGUCCUCUGUCCUCAGUCCUCAGUCCUCUGUCCUCAGUCCUCAGUCCUCUGUCCUCAGUCUUCUGUCCUCAGUCUUCUGUCCUCUGUCCUCAGUCCUCUGUCCUCUGUCCUCUGUCCUCUGUCCUCAGUCUUCAGUCUUCAGUCUUCUGUCCUCAGUCUUCUGUCCUCAGUCUUCUGUCCUCAGUUUUCUGUCCUCAGUCCUCUGUCCUCUGUCUUCUGCCCUCAGUCCUCGGUGGAUGAGAUGAUCGCGAGCACAGCGUACCUGGACCUGUUCCUACGCUCGGUCUCAGAGACCUCCCUCCUCAGGACCUUCCUCCGCUUCAUCCUGCUCCAUCGCCACGACAACGACACCAUCUUAGACACUCUGCUCACUCGCAUCAGCAGCAACUCCAGGCUGUGUAUGGUGUCUCUGAGCCUGUUCCAGACUCUUCUGUCUCUUCAUUGUGAAGACAUCGUGCUGCAGCUCAUUCUCAGACCAGUUGUAAGCUGUAGAGUGGCCACAGGACGAGUCAUCAGCCUACGUCAGCAGCCUACGUCAUCAGCCUACGUCAGCAGCCUACGUCAGCAGCCUACGUCAUCAGCCUACGUCAUCAGCCUACGUCAGCAGCCUACGUCAGCAGCCUACGUCAUCAGCCUACGUCAGCAGCCUACGUCAUCAGCCUACGUCAUCAGCCUACGUCAGCAGCCUACGUAUCUUCUGCCCUGCACUCACGUGAUGCUCAGUCAGCGCAGAGCCAUCAGAGAGACCGACCUCUACGGGAAAUCUGCCAACAAGUUUCUGUCGUUGAUCCCAGAGUGCUGCCGACAGAGCACAGGGCCCCCUGCAGACCGGGAGGACGACACUGCCUUCUGGGGAAAAGGGUUCUCCAGUCCGUCCUCCGAGUCUCCGCACAGACCCAGUACUCCCUCUCGUCUCUCCUUCUUCAUGCGUCAGCAAAGCAGCGGCUCCUCCCAGUCCCUCGGCUCCUCCCAGUCCCCUCCCACUGAGCAGCCUCCAGAGAGCUCCCAGACCUCCCCUCAGAACCUCACAGAAUGCCUGGAGUGGGACUGUGGAUACCUGGAAUACCUCAAAGACGCCCGUAAGAGUGUUGAGAUCUGCUCCUGGGCUUGCCGACACUGGUCCGCUCCCUACGAUGGCGAGAAUCCGUCCCCAAACUCAGCUCCUCUACCACCCCCGCCUCCCACCUCCAACCCAGCCAUGGCCAUGUUUCCUGAGCACUUCUCUGCUCAGUGCAGCAGCAGCUCCAGCACUCCUCCGAACCAGAGAGCGGCCAUCGUGGCAGCUGCCAGAUCGGAGUGGAGCAGUUCGGAGAGAGACAGCGGAGAGUGGGACGUUACAAUUGGGAAGAAUAACUGCAUUAGUCUGACGCCAAGGUCCAAGAAACGCAGCCUACAGCGAGAGGAGCUGUUGCCGAAGCCUGUCCCUGCUUUAGUUCCGUCUUCGGGAACGCCAUCGGCAAAUAUGACUUUACACAUGUCUUCAGCACCACAUAACCCGGCUACUGCUGUCACCGUCAACUACCAAUCCUUGCUCAACGGCACAUCACAAAACGACAGUCAAGAUCGAGGGUUAGAAGUGAAAAAGGUGAAAAGAGACUUUGGAGAUAAGCAACCGUUGGACGAGAACGCCCAUCAGAACGGGAUGCAGUGCACGCCGCAAGGUUGUGGGAGCUUUAGUGAGAGGAAGAACCGGGGAUCGAACCCAUCACAGGAGCUGGCGGAGAGCGACCAAUCCGUGGAGAGCCUGAUAGAGGAGUUGCUGGAGCAGUCGUCGGAAGAUUCCAAAAGUCCUGUAGAGUCGAAUGGACAGGGCAUCAGCAUCGAAGCUUUCACACAGGAGCUCAGAGAGCUGGAGGACCGGGUGAAGGAGGCGUGUGGGGAGGGACACCAGAGGCAAACACAGCAGAAGGCAGAGGAGGAGGAGGAGAAGGAGGAGGAGCAGGAGGAGCAGGAGGAGGAGAUCCUGUGGUGUCUGUUGGACCUGCCCUUCCCUGUCUGUCUGCUGCAGGAGAUCCUGUGGUGUCUGUUGGACCUGCCCUUCCCUGUCUGUCUGCUGCAGGAGAUCCUGUGGUGUCUGUUGGACCUGCCCUUCCCUGUCUGUCUGCUGCAGGAGAUCCUGUGGUGUCUGUUGGACCUGCCCUUCCCUGUCUGUCUGCUGCAGGAGAUCCUGUGGUGUCUGUUGGACCUGCCCUUCCCUGUCUGUCUGCUGCAGGAGAUCCUGUGGUGUCUGUUGGACCCUCCCUUCCCUGUUUGUCUGCUGCAGGAGAUCCUGUGGUGUCUGUUGGACCCUCCCUUCCCCGUCUGUCUGCUGCAGGAGAUCCUGUGGUGUCUGUUGGACCUGCCCUUCCCUGUCUGUCUGCUGCAGGAGAUCCUGUGGUGUCUGUUGGACCUGCCCUUCCCUGUCUGUCUGCUGCAGGAGAUCCUGUGGUGUCUGUUGGACCUGCCCUUCCCUGUCUGUCUGCUGCAGGAGAUCCUGUGGUGUCUGUUGGACCUGCCCUUCCCUGUCUGUCUGCUGCAGGAGAUCCUGUGGUGUCUGUUGGACCCUCCCUUCCCUGUUUGUCUGCUGCAGGAGAUCCUGUGGUGUCUGUUGGACCCUCCCUUCCCUGUCUGUCUGCUGCAGGAGAUCCUGUGGUGUCUGUUGGACCCUCCCUUCCCUGUCUGUCUGCUGCAAGAGAUCCUGUGGUGUCUGUUGGACCCGCCCUUCCCUGUCUGUCUGCUGCAGGAGAUCCUGUGGUGUCUGUUGGACCUGCCCUUCCCUGUCUGUCUGCUGCAGGAGAUCCUGUGGUGUCUGUUGGACCUGCCCUUCCCUGUCUGUCUGCUGCAGGAGAUCCUGUGGUGUCUGUUGGACCUGCCCUUCCCUGUCUGUCUGCUGCAGGAGAUCCUGUGGUGUCUGUUGGACCUGCCCUUCCCUGUCUGUCUGCUGCAAGAGAUCCUGUGGUGUCUGUUGGACCUGCCCUUCCCUGUCUGUCUGCUGCAGGAGAUCCUGUGGUGUCUGUUGGACCUGCCCUUCCCUGUCUGUCUGCUGCAGGAGAUCCUGUGGUGUCUGUUGGACCUGCCCUUCCCUGUCAGUCUGCUGCAGGAGAUCCUGUGGUGUCUGUUGGACCUGCCCUUCCCUGUCUGUCUGCUGCAGGAGAUCCUGUGGUGUCUUUUGGACCUGCCCUUCCCUGUCUGUCUGCUGCAGGAGAUCCUGUGGUGUCUGUUGGACCUGCCCUUCCCUGUCUGUCUGCUGCAGGAGAUCCUGUGGUGUCUGUUGGACCUGCCCUUCCCUGUCUGUCUGCUGCAGGAGAUCCUGUGGUGUCUUUUGGACCUGCCCUUCCCUGUCUGUCUGCUGCAGGAGAUCCUGUGGUGUCUGUUGGACCUGCUCUUCCCUGUCUGUCUGCUGCAGGAGAUCCUGUGGUGUCUGUUGGACCUGCCCUUCCCUGUCUGUCUGCUGCAGGAGAUCCUGUGGUGUCUGUUGGACCUGCCCUUCCCUGUCUGUCUGCUGCAGGAGAUCCUGUGGUGUCUGUUGGACCUGCCCUUCCCUGUCUGUCUGCUGCAGGAGAUCCUGUGGUGUCUGUUGGACCUGCCCUUCCCUGAGAUCCUGUGGUGUCUGUUGGACCUGCCCUUCCCUGUCUGUCUGCUGCAGGAGAUCCUGUGGUGUCUGUUGGACCUGCCCUUCCCUGUCUGUCUGCUGCAGGAGAUCCUGUGGUGUCUGUUGGACCUGCCCUGCCCUGUCUGUCUGCUGCAGGAGAUCCUGUGGUGUCUGUUGGACCUGCCCUUCCCUGUCUGUCUGCUGCAGGAGAUCCUGUGGUGUCUGUUGGACCUGCCCUUCCCUGUCUGUCUGCUGCAGGAGAUCCUGUGGUGUCUGUUGGACCUGCCCUUCCCUGUCUGUCUGCUGCAGGAGAUCCUGUGGUGUCUGUUGGACCUGCCCUUCCCUGUCUGUCUGCUGCAGGAGAUCCUGUGGUGUCUUUUGGACCUGCCCUUCCCUGUCUGUCUGCUGCAGGAGAUCCUGUGGUGUCUGUUGGACCUGCCCUUCCCUGUCUGUCUGCUGCAGGAGAUCCUGUGGUGUCUGUUGGACCUGCCCUUCCCUGUCUGUUGGUAUCAAUUGGUAUCAGAUGGUAAAAGAUAA